GCCUGGGCCAGCCAGGUGGGGUGGGGAACGCCCGCCCGCUCACCUCGGAAGGGGCGGGGCGCGGCUCCCGGUUCCCCGCUGGGGCGGAGCGGGCCCGAAGCACCUGGGGUGCGGCGGAGCUGAGAGGUCUGGUCCUGGAACCUGGAACUCAGACUCACCUGUGUGAGUCUGACGGAGACGGAGGCGGGGCCGGAGCCAAAACUCACCUGAGCAGGCGGGAAACCGGAUCGGGCAGUAGCCCUCUGGCUAGCCCAGCGCCGAGAGGGAGGAGCCCCGCGGCUGGCCCCACCUGAGCGACCCUUCUCUGGUCGGUUCGUCGCUCCCUGCGCGGCCGCCAUGACCUGGAGCGCCACGGCCCGGGGCGCCCACCAGCCGGACAACACCGCGUUCACGCAGCAGCGCCUCCCGGCCUGGCAGCCGCUGCUGUCCGCCAGCAUCACGCUACCGCUCUUCUUUUGCGCGGGCCUGGCCUUCAUCGGCCUGGGCCUGGGCCUCUACUACUCUUCCAACGGCAUCAAGGAGCUCGAGUACGACUACACUGGCGACCCAGGUACCGGCAACUGCUCUGUGUGCGCUGCCGAAGGCCAGGGCCGCGCGCCGGCGCCUAAUUGCUCGUGCGCCUGGUACUUCUCGCUGCCCGAGCUCUUCCCGGGCCCCGUCUACCUCUACUAUGAGCUGACCAACUUCUACCAGAACAACCGCCGCUAUGGCGUGUCCCGCGACGACGCGCAGCUGAGCGGGCUGCCGAGCGCGUUGCACAACCCGGUCAACGAGUGCGCCCCCUACCAGUUCAGCGCGACCGGCCUGCCCAUCGCGCCCUGCGGCGCCAUCGCCAACAGCCUCUUCAAUGACUCCUUCUCGCUGUGGCACCAGCGCCGGCCAGGCGGACCCUACGUCGAGGUGCCACUCGAUCGCGCCGCCAUCGCCUGGUGGACCGACUACCACGUCAAGUUCCACAACCCGCCGCUGGUGAAUGGCAGCCUGGCGCUGGCCUUCCGCGGCACGGCGCCCCCGCCCAACUGGCACCGGCCGGUGUACGAGCUCAGCCCCGACCCCAACAACACGGGCUUCAUCAACCAGGACUUCGUGGUGUGGAUGCGCACCGCGGCGCUGCCCACGUUCCGCAAGCUGUACGCGCGCAUCCGCCAGGGCAACUACACCGCAGGGCUGCCCCGGGGCGCCUACCGCGUCAACAUCACUUACAACUACCCAGUGCGCGUCUUCGGCGGCCACAAGCUCAUCAUCUUCAGCAAUAUCUCGUGGAUGGGUGGCAAGAAUCCUUUCCUGGGUAUCGCCUAUCUGGUGGUCGGCUCCCUCUGCAUCCUCAUGGGUUUUGUCAUGCUGGUGGUCUACAUUCGCUAUCAGGACCAGAAUGAGGAGGAGGACGACGACGAGUGAUGUCUCCUUUCAAAAACCCCCUCCUGCUUCUUGCCAAAAGUCUUGUGGGCUGCUUUUGGCCCAAUCUCAAGCUCAUCUCACCUUGCCACCUGUUGUGGAUGAGCGGCGCAGAGAAAGGAAUUAACCUUUUUUUCCCCAGGGGCUGCAAGAUUCCUGCUGGGGUGUUCGGGCUGCAGAGUGCAAAUACUCCUUCAUGAUUUACUAAGCUGACAGUUCAGGUUCUUAAAUUAUGUAGCAUUCCAGAGUGGAAAGAACCUCAGACACUCCUUGUUAACCUCUAUCAGACCAAGGGAUGAGACCUAGCGGUAUUAAAUAAAUCAUUAAGAGCAGGCAGCCAACAACUGGCUCCUGAGUUGCUUCCGGAGCUUUUGGCACUACAGUACAGGUGGUUUCUUUUUCUUUCUUUCUUUUUUUUUUUUUUUUUUUUUGGCAAGGGAUCGGGGACGGCUGUAAGGUGGGAUAGAGAGUGAGGCCCACUUAUAUCCUGCAGAGGCAAGGAGGGGUGAGGAGAACAUACAUUUUAUAAAUGUACGUAGAUUAGGAGGCUCCAACCCCAGACAUUCCAACACAGUAAGACUAGGUUGAUCCCCUCCCUUGACGCUGCCUUUUAACAAGCUCCUCAGAAGAUUCCUCAAUUCCCUCGAAUAUGGGAGUCAUCACACUGAACUAGGUUGGGCCUAAAGCGGUCACCUGAGUUCAGUUUUUCAGGAAGUAAUUUGUUCCCAGGAGCAGUGACACUCAAAAUGUUCAAGUUUGGUCUAGCACUCUUGUAAACAGUGGAAGCUCUCGAUUUGUGGAAUGAAUGAACAAAAUUGCUAUCUCUAGAAAAUGAGUUAGCAUACAUAUGAUGUCCACUCAUUUACUGUUUGAGUGUAAAAACAAAUUGCCAUAUACUGUGUAGAGACUUGAAAAUGCCCGGCCAGUUUGUACAGCUCAGAGGGGAUGUUUUAACCUUAGAAUCGGAGAGCUGGAAGGAAUAUUAGAGGGAAAACAGAUUCCCUAAAGUCACAUCUGUGUCUCCUGACUUGCUCAGUCCUCUUUGUCAUCUGAAUUUCUCUUUCCAUGCUUAAGGGGAAAAGGGGUGGGGUGCUAAAUUUAUUUUCUCAAAUGAAACUUUUGUUUCUAAUAAUCAUGUUUGGAUAGAAUGUUGAAGAAAAAAAUCUUAUACGAAAACUAGAAUCUUAGGAUUAAUUUAAACCUUUGAGAUCAUGCUAAAAUCAUUCUGUUGACUAUUGAUUAACUAGAAUAAACCAGUAUGUUUAAAUUUAUUUUAAAAAGUAGCAUAUUUUUACUUAAAAUUUUUAUGGCAAAACAACUUAAACUGGCAAAAGUGAUAUAUCAUUAAAGAUUUUAUUGGCUGAGAGCAAAUAGUUAUUUGGCAUUUGUCAGAACUCUCCAGGGCAUGCUCUAUUACAGCUAUUCUCCAGCCAGUACUGUUUGUUCUGAUUCCUUCAAGAUAGUACAAGAUCUUGAAGAAUGUAUUGUUUUUUGUAGUCAAAUAUUGAAUUGUAUUAAAUAGUUCACAUUGUUUUUAUUAUACUCUUCUAGUUCUUUGACAAUUACUGAUGGAUGGACAGCAUGCAUGUAUGUCAUUGAUAUCUGCUUGGAUAUUCUGUCCCAUUAUUUUUGUAUAUAUAUACAAGAAAUGCUUCAGUAAUUCCAAUGUGUUAGCUUCCCACCUUCUGAAUGUGACACACUUUGAUUGUCAAAUCAAUUAUUGUGAUUUUAGGCUGUGAAAACGUGUUCUUCUAGUAAUUUUUAUUUAUCAUCAAUAUUUGAGCAGUUCCCUAACCCAGUCCUCCUCUAUGUUGGAUAAGAGAAUUUACAAUUUUUCUGCCAAGUAGUUAAGAGAAAACAUGUAUUUUGCUUUUUAGAAUAGUCUAUUACUAUACAGGUUUAAAUUAGAGCACAAAACUUAAGAUAUUCUGAUUAAUGUUAAUGAGUAUAAUUCCAUGCCCUGUUUUCUGGGUUUUUGAAAGAGAAUAAAGGUUAUGUUUGUCUUUGUUA